GCAAAGAAAGAAGAAGAAGAUGGGAAACUGUUUAGUAAUGGAGAAGAAAUUGAUAAAGAUAGUGAGAAAUGAUGGGAAGGUACUUGAAUAUAGAAAACCCAUUUGUGUUCAUCACAUCCUUACUCAGUUCUCUGGCCAUUCUGUCUUCGACAACAAUACUAGUUGUCAUCUUCCGCCUGAUGCUAUGCUUCUCUCUGGUCGUCUCUACUACCUCCUACCAACAACAAUAAACAAGAAAAAGACCAAGAAAGUGACGUUUGCUGAUCCUGAGGUGAAACAAGAAGAAAGAUUACCAAGUGAAGAAGAUGAACAACAUCAUGGUGAUACUGAUGAAAGCAAGAGCAACAGAGAUGACAACAAAAGCGUGAGUGUUGUGAGAAUGAAGAUCGUUGUGCGUAAGCAAGAGUUGGAGAAGCUGCUUCAAGGAGGCUCGGUCCAUGAGAUGAUGUACAAGACUCUUGAGAAACAAGUUUUGCAUACUGAUGAUGAUGAUGAUAAUCUUGAAUGUAAUGGAGGGUGGAGACCUGUGUUAGAUAGCAUACCUGAAUCUGAAUACUAAGAAGAAUAUAACAGAUAGA